UCUAUACCACCAGAAGGCUAAUGUAGCUUUCCAUCAACCCGAGUCCCAUGGAGACACCACAACAACCCUCUGAUGGCCUCACACUGUCUGCCCAGUCUCAGAGUGCACACUAAUUAAAGCUGUAACAAUUUCCUAACAAUCACAGCGAAACCCUUCUACAUUGUGCUUAGAGGCAGUUGCUUGUAGUGAGUUGUGUGCCUUGAUUUGCUGUUAUCCUCCUCCUCCCACCUCCUACUUCUCUACAGGGAUCGACCUCACACACCAUGGAGGGCAGCUGCAGCCUGCAACCCCAGGAUCAUGAGGGCAUAAUAGAGUCCUGGCUGGAUGAUCACUGGGACUUCACACACUCUUAUUUUGUUAGAAAAGCUACAAGAGAGAUGGUCAACGCAUGGUUUGCUGAAAGGGUUCAUACAAUACCAACCGCUAAAGAGGGAGGAAAAGACGACACAGAGAUUACCCAGCAGACCUCUCUUUCUGAAAAUACUAGUCAGGGGACUCCAGUUAGAAAGAUCUCUGCAUCAGAGUUUGAUAGGCCUUUAAGGCCCAUAGUUGUUAAAGACUCUGUCGGAACGUUGACAUUCCUGUCUGAUUCUGAAAAGAAGGAACAGAUGCCUCUGCAACCCCCCAGUGUAAUUAGCACAGGUGACCAAUGCUCAAGGCUUCUGGAACUAGUGAAGGAUAUUUCAAGCCAUCUUGACGUCACUGCCUUGUGUCAUAAAAUAUUCUUGCACAUUCAUGAACUAAUUGAGGCGGAUCGUUAUUCACUUUUUUUAGUCUGUGAAGAUAGUUCUAAUGAGAAGUUUUUGGUCAGUAGACUGUUUGAUGUCACGGAAGGCACAACUCCUGAACAGGCUUCAAACAACUGUAUCCGUUUGGAGUGGAGUAAAGGCAUAGUGGGAUAUGUAGCAGAGUUUGGUCAACCUUUAAACAUUAAAGAUGCAUACAAGGAUUCCAGAUUCAAUGCGGAAGUCGACCAAAUUACUGGGUACAAAACGCAAAGUAUUCUUUGUAUGCCAAUUAAGAACCACAGAGAAGAGGUGGUUGGUGUUGCCCAAGCAAUCAAUAAGAAAUCAGGAAGCAAUGGGACAUUCACAGAGCAAGAUGAAAAGGACUUUGCGGCUUAUCUGGCAUUCUGUGGCAUAGUUCUGCACAACGCACAACUGUAUGAGACAUCACUUCUUGAGAACAAGCGGAACCAGGUACUUCUUGACCUUGCAAGCUUGAUAUUUGAGGAGCAGCAGUCGCUAGAAGUCAUCUUGAAGAAGAUAGCCGCAACAAUUUUAUCGUUCAUGCAAGCUCAGAGAUGCACCAUCUUCAUAGUGGAUGAAGACUGCCCUGACACCUUUUCCCGUGUUUUCCAUAUGGAGUCUGAAGAAUUAAAUAGUUCUGCAGAUGCUGUAAAAAGGAAAUAUGAUGUUAGCAAAAUGAAUUACAUGUAUGCUCAGUAUGUAACAAGAACAAUGGAGCCACUUAACAUCCUUGACAUCUGCAAGGACAAAAGAUUUUCAUGGACCAAUGGAAAUGGAGAGAAUACACUCAUGGAUACCAAGAGCCUGUUGUGCACCCCAAUUAAGAAUGGAAAGAAAAAUAAAGUGAUAGGUGUUUGCCAGCUUAUAAACAAGGUGGAUGAGAAUUCCGGCAAAAUCAAAUCUUUCAACACAAAUGAUGAACAGUUUCUCGAAGCAUUUGCCAUAUUCUGUGGCCUGGGGAUUCAGAACACCCAGAUGUAUGAGGUUGUGGAGCGUGCAAUGGCCAAACAGAUGGUCACACUAGAGAUCCUUUCAUAUCAUGCAUCUGCUGCUGAGGAAGAAACAAUGGAGCUGCAGGUAACAGCGGGAGCGGUUGUGCCUUCUGCACAAUCACUUAGAUUAACAGACUUCUACUUCAGUGACUUUGAGCUUUCUGACAUGGAAACCACAUUAGCCACAAGUCGAAUGUUCACUGACCUUAACCUUGUUCAGACCUUCCAAAUGAAAUAUGAGACCCUUUGUAGAUGGAUUCUGAGCGUAAAAAAGAACUACAGGAAGCAUGUUGCAUAUCACAACUGGAGACAUGCCUUCAACACAGCCCAGUGUAUGUUUGCAUCUCUGAAAACCGGCAAGAUCCAGCACAAACUGACUGAUCUGGAAACACUUGCUUUGAUGAUAGCCACUUUGAGUCAUGACUUGGACCACCGAGGGGUUAACAAUUCAUUUAUACAGCGGAGCGAACAUCCUUUAGCACAACUGUACUGCCAUUCCAUAAUGGAGAACCACCAUUUUGACCAAUGCCUCAUGAUAUUAAAUAGUCAGGGUAACCAGAUUCUGAGCGGCCUUUCUGUUGAAGACUACAAGUCUGUGUUGAGAAUGAUAAAGCAGGCUAUUCUUGCAACGGACUUGGCACUUUAUAUUAAGAGGAGAAGUGAUUUUUUUGAAUUAGUUAAAAAGAAACAAUUGAGAUGGGAUGACCCUGCUCAAAAAGAAUUGAUUUUCGCAAUGUUGAUGACUGCUUGUGAUUUGUCUGCAAUAACAAAACCUUGGCCAGUUCAGCAGCGGAUAGCUGAGCUUGUAGCUUCAGAAUUUUACGAACAAGGGGAUAAAGAGAGAAAGGAACUCAACAUUGAGCCUAUAGAUUUGAUGAACAGAGACAAGAAGGAUAAAAUACCCAGCAUGCAGGUUGGAUUUAUUGAUGCCGUCUGUCUGGAGCUUUAUGAGGCCAUAACACAGGUAUCUGAAUCCUGUUUCCCAUUACUUGAGGGUUGCCAGAAGAACAAACAGAAAUGGCAGGUGCUAGCUGAACAGCAAGAGAAGAAUGUGGUGAAUGGAGAGAUCAACCAGCUGAAUCUGAACUGUGACUUGGAUUAAGGGAAACAGCAAUAUCUAUAAUAUUGUGGUACAAAUAGCAUUACACUGUUUGGAAGCUUUUACAUGUUGCCACUAUUAUAUUUAUUAGUGUCACGUACACGGGUUGUUUGCUAACGUGAGAAUUCAAAGGGAAUUUAACAUUUAAGGCCAUAGUAACCAAACUUAAAGCAUAGCCGACUUAGAGAAUGUUUCCAGUUUGGCCUUAAGUUUAAAAUUCACUUUGAAUUCUCUUUUUAGUGGAUAACCAUGACAGUGUUUUGUUUAUAGAGAAUGUAAAUGGAAGUAUAUUCUAAUAGUUCUUUGAAGAUGUACAUUCCCUAAUGUAUGACAAUGUAUGACAUUAGGAAGAGAGAUACCAAUUGAUGUCUACCUUCCAUUCAUAUUGUCAUUUUAGGACCAGUCAGUGCCUUAUUGAAUAGGUGACUUUUUUCGUUAGCAACACUUCUCCUAUGAUGCAGCAAACACACUGUGCAUUCGAACAGACAACGCAGGCACAUUACAAUGCACUUCACAGUCUUGUUAACUUCCUAUUAAUCAAGAAUUAAACAGCACUUUAUGAUAGACAGAAACAAAGUACACCAAUUGUUUACAUUCCUAUUGCAUAUUUCCUCCUGUGUUCAUAAACCUUUCUAGUAUGUUGGGGGCAGCAUAACAUGAAAAAAAAAAAUCUACUUUUAUUAUUCUAAAGAAUGGCAAAGAAUUCUAGGAAAUGUCCACAAUUAGCAAAAUCUCCAGCACAAUAAUCUGUUCCUUAAGGAAGUGAAGAUUUUAGUGGUGCUCAACAUUUCGUACACAUGUCCUUCAUCAAGCUCGGAUAUCUGUUCUUUAUAAGAAUAAGAACUUGUCCAUGCGUGCUUGUCCAUUUUGUAAAUAUAUUUAUAUUGUGAAAUGUAUUCCAAACAGCCAAGGAUCCAAGGCUUUAUAAACCCCCGUUAUAAAAUGUUUAAAAAAUACACGACUAAACGGCACAGUAAAGGUACAAACAUUGUAUGGAAAUGUAUAAUAACAAUCCUCUCUCCCUAUCUUAUACAGCAUACAUUUGUAGUCUCAUUCAUUUGAUAGAGCCCUGUAUCAAGAAUGCCCCCUGUGAUACCUGCUUGCUUAUUAUUGCCUAUAAUUGUUACAUGCCCAUAUAAAGUUGCUGGUGGAUAUCUGCAGUGGCAUUCUAGGUGCUAGCCUUAGUAAAUUGAGGCAAAAGGAUAAUCAUUUUUGGGAAGAAUGUGGUACAUUUGUUAGGCAAAGAGAACAGGGUAAAAAAGGCUACCAUGUUCUAUAGCCAGGUAAAUAAAGUAUAUUUUUAACCAUUUACAGAAUGUGUGAAAUGACACAGGCUCCACUUAAAUGGAGAUACUCAAGAAAAAAAAAAGGUUCUGCCAUUUUGAAGUUCCCCAUUGUGAUCAAUGAGUUUUUCACUAAAGUAAAGGCUUUAUUUACUAAAAUGAAAAUUCAAAGUGAAUUUCAAAUUUAAGGCCAAAAUAGCCUAACUGGAAAAACUAUCCUAGCCAGCUUUCCUUCUAGCUUGGCUACUUUGGCCUUAAAGUUAAAAUUCCCUUUAAAUUCUGAACAGUUCUCACUUAGUAAAUUAACCUGAUUGACUAGACCACUUCGUCUCAUUCAAGUGUAAAACAUUGCAGCUUUAGAGAAACUGCAAAGUUUAAAUUGCAGGGUUAACACUGCCUCUAGUGGCUGUCUACCAGAGGCGCUUCCUGCAGUUUCACAGAGUUUAAAGGAUCACUAUAGUGUCAGGAACACAAACAUGUAUUUCUGACCCUAUAGUGUUAAAACCACCAACUAGCCCC